UCUGGCGUCUGCCGGCAUAUUCUGGAACAUUGUAUGCCUUACAGUGGUACGUGAUGUGGGAAGACGAGGGCCGCUGUCAUACCCACACAGGAACGCCCUAUUGUCUACUCUUCGAAACUCGCUUCAACCAUCCUGAGCUCCCAAAGGGCUUGCCAAUAGGUCCCAACCCAGAGACUUUUAGCGAUAUCAUGAACAGUACCUGUGCGCAAUUCGGUUCCAUGGGGGAGGUGAAUCAGGACGAGAAGCGUCUCUGUUCCGAAUAUAAGCCGCUAUCCGCCGAGCGUGGUAAUCCUUGUGCGGUUGUCCUGGAUGCUAAUCGUGUGAAAUCUAUUUCUUCAAGGGCGGCGCACUUGGCUACUAUGACGCCAGUUACUUCUACACAAUCCGAGAUUUCGUCAUCGGCAAACUACGCAGCUACAGCAAUGCCUAAACUGCAUGUAGCUGUUGCCCUAGGUCUCCUCGGUGGCAUUCCGUUUAACUUCAGUUAA